UCGAAAACGCUAAUUAACCUCGAAUAAUUAGCGAUUAUAUCCAAAUCUAAGUGUUUAAUGUGACAGAGAUCAUUUGUUCCCGCGUUCUGAGCAUUUUGCUGUGAGCAGAAGAAAGAAACAAGGUUGAAUCAGAAAUGGCGCGAGGGAAGAUGAAGAAAAAAGAGGUGGAAGAAGAAGGGGAAGAGAACCCAGAAACCAUAGAGCGCAAGAGGCUAAAAGCCUUAGCCUUUUCCAACAACAUGCUUUCUGAGACUCCAGCUAGAAGUUCCAUUCAUCUCAACCCUUCAUCCACAGUGAUCAAGCAUCAUGGCAAAGACAUCAUCAAAAAAUCACAAAGAAAGAGCACAAGGUACCUCUUCUCCUUCCCUGCUCUCAUUGCUCCUAUUGCUGGUGGCGGCAAAAUCGGUGACCUCAAGGAUUUGGGAACCAAAAACCCCAUUCUCUACCUCGAUUUCCCCCAGGGCCAAAUGAAGUUAUUUGGAACUAUUGUGUAUCCAAAAAACAGAUACUUGACUCUACAGUUCUCUAGAGGUGGAAAGAAUGUGAUGUGUGAGGAUUAUUUUGAUAACAUGAUUGUAUUUUCGGAUGCAUGGUGGAUUGGAAGGAAAGAUGAGAACCCAGAAGAAGCCAGACUUGAACUUCCUAAAGAAUUGUAUGAGGGACAACAAGCCGAAUAUGACUUUAAAGCAGGUGCAGGUGCAGCUUCUGUACUUAAUGAAGAUGUUUACAAAACCAGGAUUCAACGUGCAGAGCAAGAGUCACCAAAGACACCCAUUGAAGAUGAUUUAUCUGACAGUGAAAUCAAUUCAAAAGAUACCAAGGAAUUGGUUCCAGUCCGCCAUUCAGUGAGAGCUGCAAGAAAAUCAUAUAAAUUUGCUGAAAUUUCUUCUGGUGAAAGCAGCCCUGACCUUUCUGAACAUGAAGAAAAGGUGGUUGAAGUUGAUACUGCUGUAGAUGAUCGUAAUAGCUCAAAUAUCCUUUUAGUCAUGAAUUUAUAUUUUGUCUUUCUUAAUUCACGGCUACAGAAAAAAACUGUAGUUGUUGACAUCGCUAAUGAGGAUGCUGCACAAGGAGAUCAACUCCCCAAGAAAAAUAAAGGGUGUACAUCAGCCACUGCAUCUACUGAAGUUGUGUCCAGUAAUCGUGGUUCACUUGUUCAGGCUACUAUAUCCACAUUAUUCAAGAAAGUGGAAGAAAAAAAGGCUCCAAAAAAUUCAAGGAAAUCUCCAACAUCAAAAGCUUCUGGCCAGAAGUUGCAGGCUGCUGGUUCAAAAAGAAAGACUGAUCUGGCUGAAGGAUCCAGGAAAAGGGCAAGAAAGAUUAAGGACAAAGAUCCUGGUGAUAAAAUUAUGGCAAAAAGCAAGGAAUGCAAGGUUGAAGAUGAUGAUGACAUUGAAGAAUUUUCAAAUGCUUCAGAGGAUACUAAAGGAAGCGAUGACGACUGGACUGCUUAAGAGUGUGAUCUGAGUUGUGGCUACUAAGCAAAGAGAUGACAAGGCAAGGUCAUACUAGUGAUGCGAUGCCAUUUGACUCGUUGAGAUAGAUGAACCGUGAUGACUUAGCUUUCAAUGUGUUUUAUCAAAUUAUUCUUUUAGGGUACAUGAUUCCUUCAGAAUCUGAACAGCAGAUAAGCCAAAGCUCAGUGACAUAACAAUUUUAAGCAUAUAUUUAGUGAUAGUUAUUUAGAUUUGAAUACCUAAA